GCUCGUUGGCUCCUUUCUCCCCCGCGUCUGUGUGGAGCUGUGCUCCCAGGGCAGUUUGGACUCCUCGGCGAAGUACUGCGGGUUGCGAGGGGGUUUCCCGGUUCCCUAGCCCUGCCUCCUGGAGAUGCUGUACUUUUGAGUGGUAGGCUUCAUUUGCAUGAUCGCACCUCUGGAGUUGUGGAGCCUGCAUCUCUGUAGUCGCCUGGGUGAAGAGCCACAGUAUUUUUAACUCCCUGCGGGAGAGUCGCUGUAUUUGGGGUUUAAGAUCCCGCCUUUCCUGCAAAUUACCAGGUUGCAGCUUCACGGAUCGGAAUACAAGUGGGUGUAUCAUCUUUGGCCUCUUCUCACCAAAGGACAUGGAUGAAAACGAAAACAACCAGUCUCCGACAACAAGCAACCACUAUCCUAAAGAAGCAGUAAGAAAACGCCAAAAUUCGGUACGGAAUUCAGGAGGAAGUGAUUCUUCUAGGUUUUCCAGGAAGAGCUUCAAACUGGAUUAUAGGCUAGAAGAAGAUGUAACUAAAUCAAAGAAAGGAAAAGAUGGGAGAUUUGUUAAUCCAUGGCCAACAUGGAAAAAUAUCUCUAUUCCAAAUAUUCUUAGAUGGUUGAUAACUGAGAAGGAUCAUAGCAGUGUUCCAGGUUCCAAAGAGGAACUUGACAAAGAGCUCCCAGUGCUGAAACCGUAUUUUAUCAGUGACCCCGAAGAGGCCGGAGUGAGAGAAGCUGGCUUGAGAGUCACGUGGCUGGGACACGCGACACUGCUGGUGGAGAUGGAUGAGCUCAUGUUCCUGACAGAUCCCAUCUUUAGCUCCCGUGCUUCUCCAUCGCAGUACAUGGGUCCAAAGCGAUUUCGCCGUCCUCCAUGCACAAUAAGCCAACUCCCCCCGAUAGAUGCAGUCCUUAUUAGUCACAACCACUAUGACCACCUGGACUACAACUCUGUCCUCGCUUUGAAUGAGCGAUUUGGCAGUGAGUUGAGAUGGUUUGUGCCCUUAGGGCUUCUUGACUGGAUGCAGAAAUGUGGCUGUGAGAACGUGAUUGAACUGGACUGGUGGGAGGAGAAUUGCGUCCCUGGCCAUGAUAAAGUCACCUUUGUCUUUACUCCUUCCCAACACUGGUGUAAAAGGACCCUAAUGGAUGACAACAAAGUUUUGUGGGGCAGCUGGUCGGUGUUAGGGCCUUGGAAUCGAUUCUUCUUUGCAGGCGACACCGGUUAUUGUCCUGCUUUUGAAGAGAUAGGAAGAAGAUUCGGUCCUUUUGAUCUUGCAGCUAUUCCCAUUGGAGCUUAUGAACCAAGGUGGUUUAUGAAAUAUCAGCAUGUUGACCCAGAAGAUGCUGUAAGGAUUCACAUUGAUGUUCAAACAAAGAAAUCUGUGGCAAUUCACUGGGGAACUUUUGCUUUAGCAAAUGAGCAUUACUUAGAACCUCCAAUGAAACUAAAUGAAGCUCUAGAAAGAUAUGGACUUAAAAAUGAAGAUUUUUUUGUCCUGAAGCAUGGAGAAUCAAGAUACUUGAAUACUGAUGAUAAAACUUUGAGCAAAGAUGAAAAAAGUAGUUUCUAAUGAAAACAAAUGAAAAGACCAAGAAGUUCAUGAAUAUUAUGACUUUUUAUACUUGGAAACACCUUCUACAAGUGUGUCUUACAUUUUACUAAUAUGACUAGUUAAUUAAACUAUGAGAAUUUAGGGGUGGAUUAUUUAAUGAAUUGUCCAAUGUAGAUUUAAAUAAGUCAUACCAAUGAUAAAAUAUUGCAAUAUAAUAUUUUUACUAAAACACUGUACUUUAGUGAUAGAAUUUUUGAGGUUAUGAAAAACUGAUACUAGAGGUCCAUUCCCUUUUCUGUUGCUCAAGGCUUUCCUCAAAGGGGAGUUAAGGUUUACUAACUACCUAGAUUUUUCAGACACACACACACGCACACACACGCACCCUACACACCCUUCUUAGAUUCAUCUUAUAGCUGAUGAUAAAAUUGACUCCAACAUGCUGAUCGAAUAAAUCAGCUCUUGCCCUGUGAAGAUUAGCUGUUGGGCAUGGUGAGGCAUGUCUUUAAUUCCAACACUCCAAAGGCCAAAGCAGUCAGAUCACAAGUUCAAGGCCAAUCAGGGCUACAAGUCAGACUUUGUCUCCAAAGAUCAAAACAUUAUCUUCUAUGCCAAAUGUUAAGUGAUUUAUUUUGUUAAGCAUAGGAACAUAGGCAUUUGGGCUAAGUUAUUUUUUAAAGAUAGUUUUUUACUGUGGUAAGAUAUGUAUAUAUAUAUUGCAUUAAGAUUAUCAUUUAUAUAUAGUGAAAAGAGAGUGUACAGUUCCUUGGCCUCUGUAUAUUCACAUUCUUAUGUAACGAUAACCAUGAGGAACUUGGGUUUCUAACAGGGUGACAUCUACACAUCUGCAGUUUGUAACAGAUGAUGGGCAGAGGGAGGGUGUGCUUUUGAGAGCCAUGACCUAGUAAAAGUUUUUAAAAGACCUUCUGCCAAGCACAAAUACAGCAACAUAAAGUAUUUCAGAGAAGAUAAAUAUAUGUCUGAAAUGUGAAUAUAUUGUACACUUGGAAUUUUAUUUUCUUCAUUUACUGUAUGUAACUAAUUUUUUUUUUUCUGGUCUUGAGCUCUAACCCUAAAUAUAUCAAUAAGAUUUAUAAAUAUCUUAUGUCUUACAUGACUUGGAUGUGCUAUGUAUUUUUGUAUUAAAUGACCUAUAAGCACAA